UAACAGGUGCAAGACAUUUGUUGACAUUCCACUUGUCAUGUUGUUAGCAGGUUCGAAUGAGGCCUGCUGAGUCAUUAGCUGGCUUACUGCCCCAUAACGCAAUGCCAGCGCGCUCUAACACAAGAGGAAUCAAGUCCUCGAGCACUCCUUGAACACCGUGUUACACAUUGAUUAAAGAGUUGCCGUCUGAAACACGUCCAGUUAACUGUUCAGGGCCGAUUUGAGAGACGGACUUUUGUUUGCUUGACAAGGAUGAUCGCGGAUCUACACUCUAUACAAUGUACAUCUCAAGUGAGACAAAUUGGUAGAUUUGUCAGUCAGUGACAUACGAGACUUCCCGAACUACUUUCCCUCAUCAAGGCUCUGGACAACAAGAUUCAUUGCCGUGAAGAGAGGCAGUGGUGGCAACAUCUCAUGGAUUUCUGGAGCCCGCAGGUUUUCCCCAGACCAAUCUUGGAUUUGCGCGUGCAAAGUUCAGUUGUGUCGCCACCAACAGCAGUGGUGCUUUUGAGGGGUUAAUAUACUUGUCAUUGUGUUCUCAUCUACAGGAUCCAAUGAAUGCCAUGACCAAAUUGUGUCUUAUACGACUCGCUCUCCCCUUUGACGAUGGCCCGCUUCAUCCGAGAUUUCGUGACAUGCGCAAAGUCAGUUGGGAGGAGAAACAGCUAUGCACCCCGCAAUCUAGUCAAGGGGUAAAUUGGGAAGCAGUUCAUUUGACCCUGGCACGGCACUUCAGAUACUAAGUCUCGAUUGGUUGGUGAUCAAAACAUCCAGAGCCAAGUCUUACUAGAUAAAGUACAUUAUUAUGGAGGGUGUGGGGUAUGGCUGAACUACCAGCCGAUCAUCUGCGGGUGGUUUAAAGGACUCUAGGCAAAAUAGCCUUGUUCUAACCGCACUCCUUCCUCAUGCUUACAUGCAUUGUUCGGUUGCUCCAUUUUGAGGUUCGUUUCAAUUGUGAUGAUUAAGGAUUGCUACUAAGCCUCGAAUAUCUUCCAUUCUCCAACAUUGAGCUUUGUCUUUGCCGCCUUAAACUGAUAUUGUGUCCAGAAACUCGUCUCUAAGCAAAGUACCUAGGUGACUCGCUCUCAGAACCCUCUGCUAUUACAUGUACUUCCUCUGAGUUUUGAAUCCAUAUUGAACGUACAUUUGCGCCACCAUUCAUUUAUCAGCCCGUUACUCUAGGUUGUUCUCAGCGAUCCUCAUUUGUCAGAUGUCUAAAAGAUCCUGCUAUUAAUGCUUGCAGUGUUCGGGCAGAAAGGAUCGUUGAUCCGUUCGUCGCGAAAGAUACAGCGGAACAUCUCACUUCCUCUUUAGAUAAAGUUUCUUGUCCUAAGGGUCACAAGGACCAGAAAGUUAUAUAUCCGUUACUAUCGGCCCUGGCGUUCCUGAUCCCGUUCAGCCAGUGGAAUAAGUUUUCUUUCGCUAGCAAGGUAUCCCUAGAGCUUUGAGUAUAAGACGAGCCACUCCUCGGUUUUGUCAUAUCUUUUUCGGCGCCACUUCUUCAUCACAACUUCUUCUUUACUUUCUUAAAUCUACAAAAAUGAAGUACUUUUUUGGUCUCGCUGCUUGUGCAGCGCUUGCUCUUGCAGUUCCAGCUCCUACGGAGACUAUUGAGAAGAAGGACAACAUCCAGGCCCGCGCUGCCUGUGCUUCCAAAGUCACACUUGCUGCUGGAUCAAACCCAUUCGCAUCUCGCACACUUCAUGCCAAUUCAAUCUACGCCGCCAAGGUUGCCGAUGCUGUUGAAGCCAUUAGCGAUGAAUCGUUAAAGAAGAAGGCUGCCGCCGUAGGAAAAGUUGGUACCUUCUUGUGGAUUGAUACCAUCUCUAGAAUUUCCGUCGUUGCCCCGACUCUUGCAGAGACCCCGUGUGGUGAGAUCGCUGGUCUCGUUAUCUACGAUCUCCCUGGACGUGACUGUGCUGCCAAAGCGUCCAACGGAGAGCUUGCGGUCGGAGAAUUGUCCAGAUACAAGACGGAGUACAUCGACCCAAUCGUUGCUGCUAUCAAGGCAGCUCCCAAUGUUGCAAUUGCACUAGUCAUCGAGCCUGACUCCCUUCCAAACUUGGUUACCAACUCCAACUUGACAACAUGCCAGGCUUCCGCCACAGGGUAUAAGGAAGGUGUAGCAUAUGCCUUGAAGAACCUUAAUCUUCCCAAUGUUGCCAUGUACAUCGAUGCUGGUCACGGUGGAUGGCUCGGAUGGGACGCCAACCUUAAGCCUGGUGCUGAGAUGCUUGCUGGCGUCUACAAGAACGCCGGAUCUCCUAAGCAAGUAUUUGGUGUCGCCACUAACGUCGCGGGAUGGAAUGCAUGGUCGAUGAAGCCCGGAGAAUUCGAGAGUGCCGCUGACGCCAAAUAUAACAAGUGCCAGGACGAGAAGCGCUAUAUCGCGGCAUUCAGCCCUGCCCUUAAGACCGCAGGUAUGCCCAACCACGCCAUCAUCGACACUGGCCGCAACGCCGUUCAAGGCCUGCGUCUCGAGUGGGGUGACUGGUGCAAUGUCAAUGGUGCUGGCUUCGGUGUCCGACCUACCUCGUCCACGGGUGACUCUCUUGUCGAUGCAUUCGUGUGGGUCAAGCCUGGUGGAGAGUCCGAUGGUGUCAGCGAUCCCAGUGCUCCCCGUUACGACUCGUUCUGUGGUCAUGCCGAUGCUUUCACUCCUGCUCCGCAAGCUGGAGAGUGGAACCAGGCCUACUUUGAAAUGUUGGUCCAAAACGCUAAGCCAUCGUUCUAAAUCAUGCCAUCAUCUUGUACAUAUCAGAUGGCAAAGCCACUCAUUCCCUGGAGCGUACUGAAAAUGUGGAGAAGUUCAUUCGUUAUGGUGAGAUGGGUCUUUGGGUGAGAAAUUGGUGGUUGUGAAAGGUUUAUACUGUAUAUAGGCUAUUCAAUGCACAUAGUUAAUAAACCAAGCC